AGAAAGAAGAGGAAGAAGGAGAACAUAACAAGAGUUAAAACUGAUCGGGUGUCCGUCACCGUUUAGCAAAUAUGGAAUCUAACCUUGAUGUCUGGAAAAAAAGAUGGUGUGUAAACAAGGGUUUUUUAAAAGGGUUUCCAGGUGAGCCUACUGUUUACUGCUUUUAUUAGACCAACAAACAAACUCCACAAAAUCGUUGCCGACUACUUCUCAACCUCCAACAAUUCUUUCUUUGUUUUUAUUUUCAUCUCUCAAUCAAAAUACUAUUAAAUUUUAGGUUUCUUUUAUUUAAUCAUGCAUUUAACCAUGGUUACUUUUCUGAAUCCAAUCUAUACUUAACCAUGGUCCACUUAUGCAGUUAAGGAGUAAGAGGGCAGAACACCAAACUGCAAAUCCAUUCCUCUCUCUCUCUCAUUUUCCACCCUUUGGCUCUAAAGAGAGAAAAAGCCUUUCCUUUCCUUUUCCCAUUCCUUAUUGUUUCUGAAAUAUUUAACAAAUUUUCUGCUUGCUUUCCAGGAUUUUUUUUUUUAUAAACCUGUCCCUUUACCUGGAAAACUUAUUCCACCUGAGAAUAAAUACCAUCCUGCUACCUUACCCCAAUUGUUGUCUCAUUAUCCCAAUUUGCCUGACGCAACCGAAAUGAAGAUUGAGCUGGGUGUGGGAGGUGGGGCAUGGAACGAUGAAGAUAAGACCAUGGUUGCUGCUGUUUUAGGCACUAAAGCUUUUAAUUACUUGCUAUCAAAUUCUGUAGCUAAUCAGAAUCUGUUAAUGGCUAUGUGUGGUGAUGAGAGUUUGCAAAAUAAGCUCUCUGAUCUUGUGGACCGCCCCAACGCCUCCAAUUUCAGCUGGAACUAUGCCAUUUUUUGGCAGAUUUCAUGUUCCAAGUCUGGUGACUGGGUUCUUGGUUGGGGAGAUGGGUCUUGCAGGGAGCCUAAAGAAGGUGAAGAAUCUGAGGUCACUAGAAUUCUCAAUAUACGCCAUGAGGAUGAGACUCAGCAGAGGAUGAGAAAGAGAGUUAUUCAGAAGCUGCAGACGUUGUUUGGAGAAUCAGACGAGGAUAAUUAUGCCUUGGGAUUGGACCAGGUUACUGAUACUGAGAUGUUCUUUUUGGCCUCCAUGUAUUUCUCCUUUCCCCAUGGAGAAGGUGGUCCAGGAAAGUGUUAUGCCUCCGGGAAGCAUAUGUGGAUCUCUGAUGCUUUGAAACCAGGGCCUGAUUAUUGUGUGAGGUCAUUUCUUGCAAAGUCUGCGGGGUUUCAGACAAUUGUGUUGGUGGCUACUGAUGUUGGCGUUGUUGAAUUAGGGUCAGUGAGAUCUGUUCCUGAAAGUAUAGAAAUGGUUCAAUCAAUAAGGUCAUGGUUUUCCACUCGGAAUUCAAGUAUCAGAGCCAAGCCAAUGGCUGCAGCAGCAGCAGCAGCAGCAGCCAUGCCUGCUGUGAGUGAAAAGAAAGAUGAGAAUUCCCCAUUUUCAAAUUUUGGGAUUGUGGAGAGAGUUGGAGUUCCGAAGAUUUUUGGUCAGGAUUUGAACUCAAAUCAUGGUCAUGGUCAUGGAUUUAGGGAGAAACUUGUCGUCAGAAAAAUGGAAGAGAGACCAUCGUGGAAUGCUUACCAGAAUGGUACUAGGCUUGCAUUACCUGGUGCUCAAAAUGGCCUUCAUGGUUCUGGUUGGGCACAGAGUUUUGGUAUGAAACAAGGGACCCCAAGUGAUGUUUAUGGUUCACAAGCCACAGCAAAUAAUCUACAAGAGCUGGUUAAUGGGGUUAGGGAGGAGUUUAGGCUUAACCAUUACCAACCUCAAAAGCAGGUGCAAAUGCAAAUUGAUUUUUCAGGAGCCUCUUCGGGGCCUUCUGUGAUUGGCAAACCACUUAGUGCAGAAUCUGAGCAUUCUGAUGUUGAAGCUUCAUGCAAGGAAGAACGGCCAGGCACGGCAGAUGAUCGGAAGCCUCGUAAACGAGGCAGGAAGCCAGCAAAUGGAAGAGAAGAACCCCUCAAUCAUGUUGAGGCAGAGAGGCAGCGGCGAGAGAAGCUUAACCAGCGGUUCUAUGCAUUACGAGCUGUUGUGCCCAAUAUUUCCAAGAUGGACAAGGCUUCAUUGUUGGGAGAUGCUAUUUCUUACAUCAAUGAGCUUCAAGCAAAGCUCAAGGUAAUGGAAGCUGAAAGGGAAAAGUCGGGGAGCAUUUCGAGAGAUGCAUCAGCUUUGGAUGCUAACACAAAUGGAGAAAGUCACAAUCAAGCUCCAGAUGUCGACAUUCAAGCUUCCCAUGAUGAGUUGAUGGUAAGAGUGAGUUGUCCGUUGGAUUCACAUCCUGCAUCAAGAGUGAUUCAAGCAUUCAAAGAAGCACAAAUCACUGUUGUUGAGUCAAAACUUUCUGCUGCAAAUGACACUGUAUUUCAUACAUUUGUGAUCAAGUCUCAAGGAUCUGAGCAGCUAACAAAGGAAAAGCUGAUGGCAGCAUUUUCCCGCGAAUCCAGCUCAUUACACUCAUUAUCAUCAACUGGGUAGUUCGAGAAUUAAGGUUGACAUAUAGUCCAUAGGCGUAUAUGUAGUGAAGAACCCUUUUGAAAGCUUCUUCAGUGGUUUUGAUAUACCGCAAGGGAUCUUAAAAAGAGCUGGCUAGAAGUAGAAAAAUAACUACCUAUUGACCAAGUAGGGCAGCAAAUUUUCUGUGAUUGUUUAUAGUAUACAUAUUUUGUUACAAGGAAGUAUUCUUGCCAGAUGAAUUACAUUUCUAAGUUUUAACCAACUGUAUCAUUGUUGGUUAUUUAGCUGA